AUGACUGUAGAGAUGAGGGUGAUGCAGGGUGAAUAUGACUGUAGAGACGAGGGUGAUGCCAGGGUGAAUAUGACUGUAGAGAUGAGGGUGAUGCAGGGUGAAUAUGACUGUAGAGACGAGGGUGAUGCCAGGGAAUACCAGAUCGACAUCAUCUUUGCCCAGACGUGGACAGACAGCAGGUUGAGCUACAAUAGCACCAUGAAUAUCCUGACCCUGAAUAGCAACAUGGUUGGACUCAUCUGGCUCCCCGACACCAUCUUCAGGAAUUCCAAGAAUGCUGACUCCCAUUGGAUUACAACGCCCAAUCAGCUGCUCAGGAUAUGGAACGAUGGGAAGAUUCUCUACACACUAAGGCUGACCAUAAAUGCAGAGUGCCAGCUACAGCUACAUAAUUUCCCCAUGGACGAACACUCCUGCCCGCUCAUCUUCUCCAGCUAUGGCUACCCGAGAGAUGAGAUGAUUUACAAGUGGAGGAAGAACUCCGUGGAGACGUCGGACCAGAGGUCCUGGAGACUCUAUCAGUUUGACUUCAUGGGACUACGCAACACCUCACACAUAGUCAAGACAACAGCAGGUGAUUACAUAGUGAUGACCGUGUUCUUUGACCUGAGCAGAAGGAUGGGUUACUUCACCAUCCAGACCUACAUACCCUGUAUCCUCACUGUGGUGCUCUCCUGGGUCUCCUUCUGGAUCAAGAAAGACGCCACACCUGCCAGAACAGCUCUAGGCAUAACCACGGUGUUGACCAUGACCACUCUGAGCACAGUGGCAAGGACGUCACUUCCCAGGGUUUCCUAUGUGACGGCCAUGGACCUCUUCGUCACCGUGUGUUUCCUGUUUGUGUUCGCUGCAUUAAUGGAGUACGCCACACUCAACUACUAUUCAUACGGUGCCAGCCCAAGACCCAGACCACGGAACACCCAGAGAAUGAACUACUCAGUGUUGGAAGUGGGACCUGCCCCUACAGUGAUCACGUUGAACAACUCCACGUAUAACAACCUAUACUGGCAGGAAUUUGAGGACGCCUGUGUCUAUGAGUGCCUGGACGGGAAGGACUGCCAGAGCUUCUUCUGCUGUUACGAUGAGUGUAGAGGAGGCGGCUGGAGGAAAGGACGCAUCCACAUAGAUAUACUGGAGCUGGACUCUUAUUCCAGGGUCUUCUUCCCCACAUCCUUCAUACUGUUUAAUGUAGUCUACUGGGUCAGCUAUCUGUACCUUUAG